UUCUUUUUCCCCUAAAGUGUAUAUUUGAUGUCGGAUGACAAAAACUUACCGGAGUUUUUACCCUCCCUCCCUCUAACUAUUUGAAUUAAGAUUUUUAUCCGAAAUCGAUCGUUUGAUCUCGUCCCUAACGCAUGUAUUUUUUUUUUUUCACUUUAGCUACUCAUGUGUUUUACAAAGUUAUUCAUUCCUAUUUCACCUUACCCAUGCCCAUUUCAAUGGUAAUAAUAGAUUGCCUUGAAAGCUGUGACUGGACGUCGAGCGUGACCGCGGAGGUUUCCAGGGGGUUUGAUAGUCACUGCGUGUGUAGUCUGUUUUGUUAAGUUUUCUUAAAGCACUCACGGCAGUUUUUUAACUUUAAAUUUUAAGCCCCUCCCUUGCCUCUUUGCGAUGGUCGUCAGCUUAAAUUUGUACAAUAUUCAGAUCGCCAACCGUGUCAUUACAGCACAAAGAGACUGGCGUGUGGACUGUAUUUUCACGCAGUGACUUGAUGCACAUGUACUUUAGAUUGAUUUAGCCUUGUGGCUUACAGUCAGUGUAUAUCGUUCGGAAGCUUGAACCAGCAGCUGCAGUUCGGAACGCUCAAUUCCGGUUACUUAGUUACAUAACUCAAAAGAGGAUUUAACCGAUUUCCUUUCCAUAAAGGUCGAGUCCGGUAUGAAGUCAAUCAGUGAAUACUUGGAGAAUGUGUUGCAGGAGACGGGCGGCUUUGGAAAGUUUCAGUUUUUACUUCACGGCAGCAUCCUCUUCAGUAAGGUCUCAAUCACAUGGAGUCUCCUCAUCAUGGCCUUCGCCGGGGCGGCUCCAGACUGGUGGUGUGUCUACUCCAAUGCAACGCAUGUCCCUGCAGUCUCAAACUACAGUGCAAUAGAGGUCGCUACCGUUAAAUCGGCAACACCUACCUACAGAACGAUGGCGAACAAGACUGAUGAUGACAAACUUGCGGAUUAUUACGUAAACAAGGCUUAUAAAACCUGUUCACCACCUUCAAAUAAUUCUGUCUGUCAGAAGUUCAUCUUCGAUGACAGCAUGAAGACGAUCAUCAAUGAGUGGGGAUUAAUCUGCGAUGAAAAAUGGGUGACGGCAACAGUCUCUUCAAUACAAAUGGCUGGUCUCUUGAUUUCUGGUCUCCUCGGUGGACAGAUGGCGGAUCUACUGGGGCGGAAGCCAACAUUCUUCUUGUCAAUCCUCAUAAUGUCCGCAUCAAACAUUGUGGCCGGAUUCUCCCAGUCGUGGUUGAUGUUCGCUGUGACUCGCUUUAUUAUAGGAUUAGGUUGCGGAGCGUACCUCACUGUGUUCUACACAUUCUCCGUGGAAUUUACACCAACCAAAUUCCGUCCAAUUCAAUUAUUCAUUCCUGAUUGGUCAAUCUGGGCAGCACUAUUGGGUUUGUGUUCCUACCUGCUUAAGGAUUGGAGAAGCCUGCAUAUUCUUACUGGGGUUCUGACAGGACUUAGUCUUUUCUCGUGGUGGAUUGUUCCCGAGAGUUUCCGAUGGCUAGUGUCACAUGACAAAUUGGCUGAAGCUGAUAGGAUCAUCAAGAAAAUUGCUCGUUUAAAUAACCAUCCCAAACCCGACCUUAAUAAACUUCAAGUCGUCGUAGAAGCUGAUGUUACUUUUCAAGGAGACAGAAAAUACACAUUUUUGGAUCUGAUAAGAAGCCGACCUCUACUGAUCUCCAGUAUUCUCGCUGGUGUUGGCUGGUUGUCGUGUGGCUAUGCUUAUUACGCCAUCUCGUACAGCGUGGACCAGCUCUCGGGGAAUCUCUACUUCAACAUGUUUCUUCUCAGCGUAAUCGACAUCCCAGCCCUAAUGAGCAUAUGGUACCUUAGUAAUCGCCUCGGACGCAGGUGGACCUGUUUGGGAUAUUUUGUGAUCGGGUCCGUCGCUUGUCUUGGUGUAGCCAUUUCUCAAAUGAUAGAUGUUGAUGAAGACCUUCAGAAGAGUCUGAUUAACGGAUUCGCCUUGGCUGCGAAGUUUGGUGUCUCUGCGUCCUGGGCCGCCAUUAUAGCCUUCACAACGGAAGUAUAUCCAACUGUCGUCAGAAAUAUCGGUUAUGGAACCCAAAACUCGAUCUCUCGUAUAGGAGCUUUGAUAGCACCUCAACUCGUUGUGUUGAACAAGGAUAACCCAGGUGUAAUGUACAUAAUAUGUUUUGUUGUUACCUUGGCCUCUGCAAUUACGUGCCUUUUGCUGAAGGAAACCAAAGACAAGACAAUUAGUGACAAUUUGGAGGAGGUAGUACCAAUGAACCGGAAGCGGAACGAGUCACUCUAAGGCGCUAAUAGAGGAAAGAUAUUAUAGUGAGAUAUAUGCAAUCAAUGUUUAUAAUAGAUAAAAAGAAUUUAUUUAUUAGUUAUGGUGAAUAAAACCAUUAGUUACAUAUAUGUAAGUAGGUUUUGAAUAUACUCAUGUCUUAUACUAUGCUUUUGUAACAAUAAAUAUAUUUUGAAAAUAAAAAAGGUUUCAGCUCAACA